AUGGCUAGGCUUGCCAAGAGGGUCGUGUCAUUUCGGAGAGAUGUCGGUGUGUGCAAGGCGGAAUUUUAUGCACUUGCGGGAUUUCCAAAUAUCAUUUGUUUGAUAGACGGUACUCAAGUACGUGUACGAGCGCCUCAUGAGUUUGAAGCCGAUUAUGUAAACAGGAAAGGGUAUCAUUCGAUCAAUGUGCAGAUGGUUUGUGAUGCAAAGCUUCGUUUUAUGAAUGUUGUUGCCAAGUGGCCAGGAAGUGUCCACGACUCCAGAAUAUUCAAAAAGUCACGCCUUGCUUCAGAAUUAGAGCAAGGCCAACAUAAUGGGUACAUACUGGGAGACAGUGGGUAUGGCUGUAAGCCAUACCUUCUCACAUCAUACCUGAAUCCUAGAACAGGACCUCAAGAAAGGUACUUCACAUACACUACUUUUAUGUAG